AUGGGCGUCGAUUUGGAAUCCAUCUCCGAGGCCACAUCCGGAGCCAUUGGAUCGCUUCUCAGCACAACCAUUUUGUACCCUCUUGAUACCUGUAAAUCCAAGUUCCAGGCCGAGAUUCGCGUUCGCGGCCAGCAGAAAUACAGAUACCUGUCAGAUGUCUUUUGGGAAGCAAUCUCAUCAGGAAACGUUCUCUCGCUGUAUCAAGGCCUAGGGACCAAGAACUUGCAAUCCUUCAUUUCGUCAUUCAUCUACUUCUAUAGUUAUAGCUAUUUUAAGAGGUUACAUAGUGAAAGAAUAGGUUCAAAGUCAAUUGGAACAAAGGCUAACCUGCUCAUUGCUGCUGCUGCUGGGGUCUGUACCUCUGUCUUGACCCAACCUCUAGAUACAGCUUCAUCAAGGAUGCAAACAAGCGAGUUUGGGAAAUCAAAAGGGUUGUGGAAGACCUUAACCGAUGGUUCGUGGGGAAAUGCAUUUGACGGCCUUGGGAUUUCUCUUUUACUGACCUCGAAUCCUGCAAUUCAGUAUACAGUGUUUGAUCAGCUGAAACAAAACCUCCUUGAGAAAAGAAACGCAAAAGCUAAUAAAGACUCUUCCCCUGUAGUCCUCUCUGCCUUUAUGGCCUUCUUGUUAGGAGCGGUCUCAAAAAGCGCUGCCACCGUCAUCACAUAUCCAGCAAUCAGGUGCAAGGUGAUGAUUCAAGCAGCAGAUGACUCCAAGGAUCCCCGAAAAAGAACCAGGAAAACGAUUCCAGGGGUCAUAUAUGCUAUAUGGAAAAAAGAAGGUGCCUUAGGGUUCUUUAAAGGCUUGCAGGCUCAGAUCUUAAAGACGGUGCUGAGCUCGGCGUUGCUACUAAUGAUCAAGGAGAAAAUCACUGCAACCACAUGGAUUCUCAUUCUAGCGAUAAGAAGAGCUCUGUUUGUCACAAAAGGUAGCUUGAAAAAACCAUAG